AAAGAAUAUGGAUAGACUUGUUGCAAGAAAUUUGUAUUUCUUGUUUGUGAGUCGGUCCACCAGAAUUAAGAUCCAUACUCUCUUUUUUGGAAGCAUAAAAAAAUCCCCAAAGUUAUAAGAAAGACGAGACUACAACCACUACUUGCUUAAUAGUAAAACGCCUUCCUCCCCGACUUGAGUUUCUUAGCUACCCAGCUCCUCUUCAAACCCAAAAACCUAAAAUGACCUCGAUAACUAAAAAAGGAUUAAUGAAAAGUGAGAAAUAGAAAACAGAGAAUAGUAAACAAUAAAGUUAUUAAACGACUCCUUAUUAUUUCCAAACCUGAAAAUUUCUAAAACCAGUGAAGAUGAAAGCAUGGUAAAAAGAAGAAACAAUGAAAUAUGUAGUUAGCCGAAUAAGUAAAAGUAGAAAAGAGGUCGAAGGCAUAGGGUACCCUACUUGUAUGGCCGCCUUAUAGGACUUGUUUUGGAACAACUCGCGGCGUAGGGUAAUCGUGGCAGACAGAACUUAAAACCCACCAUUCUCCCCCAACUGAUCUUCAAUCCUCAUCUCCUCACCCUUUUUUAAUCAGAGAAAAAAAGCAAUAUAUGAACACUAAAGAGCAACCUCUAAAUCUAAAACCAAACCCCCAAUGAACUCUACAGACCAACUCUGCAACUUUGAAGCUACUAAAAUCCCACAGCCACAGCCACAGCCACAUGGAGAACGUAAGAAACAGGUUAGAAGGAGACGCCAAAGCCGAAGGCUUUACAAGCAAAUGCCUCUGAAUAUGGCUGAAGCUAGAAGAGAGAUUGUAACUGCACUCAAGCUUCACAGAGCAUCAACAAAAGAAGCUAAAGAACAGCAACAAAAACAGGACCAACAGAUUAAACAUUCACUUCCGAUGUACCCUCAUCAAUUCACCCCUUGUUUUGAACCUGAAAGAAGAAUGAAAUCCAGGAGAAAUCCCAGGAUAUACCCUGAUUGCUCAUUUUAUUUCGAAAAUGGGUCUGAUUUUAUUGCUCCUCCGCCUGUUGCACAGAGUCUCCAUUUAGAUAUCCCUAUACAAACCUUAGGUCUGAAUCCCAAUUUUGAGGACACUAGUUCAGUUGUUUGCAGCAACAACAACAACAACCAUUCAUUUUAUUCACUUUCAUUCCUGCCCCCAUCUUCAUAUAUUUGUCCCACAUUUGAUUAUGCUGCUACUACUCAUCAGGAAGUUCCCAAAUCAAUUUCAUUAUCAGAGGAAGAAGGGAGGUUGAUGGCUUCUGAUUUGUUUUGGUCCAAUAAUUUCCCAACUGGAGAGAGUGAAAAGGAGAUUCAUGGGGCAGUGGAGGAGGAGGAGGAAGAGGAGGAGGCUAUGGUGGCUGAGAUCAGGUCUGUGGAUGAGAAGCCUUUGGAGAUUGAUGGUCAGACUCACUGUACUUUUGAGAAUGUUCCAACUGGACAGAGUGAAGAAGCCAUGGAAUUUCCAGAUUGGUUGAGUAUCAAUGAUGAUUUUUUGCAGCCGCGUUCGAAUUAUCAGUUCUCAAAUGAGGAUUACCUUCAAGAUCCUGACCUAUCUUGCAUGGACAUUGGGGAGAUCGAAGAUGUGGAUGGAGAUUGGUUAGCAUGA